AUGGCCUGUGCCUCCUUUCUGCAUCGCCUUGGCGCUAGCAGCAUCUGCUACACCGCAUUCAACGCCCUCAUACGACAAUACGGCCAGCGCCCCUGUCAGAAACUGUGCACGCGCCAUGAGUGGCGAACUCUGAGCGAUGGCCAGAAAGCAGAGUACAUUGGCGCCGUGCGCUGCUUACAGACCAAGCCGGCGAUAGCCCCUGUCUUCCCAGAAGCUGUGACGCGCUUUGACGAGUUCCAGGCGUACCAUCUCCAGCAAGGAGACUUUAUACAUCACGUCGGUCAAUUUCUACCAUGGCAUAGAUAUUGGCUUCAGCUAUACGAAAAAGCCCUUCGAGACGAAUGCGGAUAUCAAGGACGCAACCCAUAUUGGGACUGGACUAUAGACUCAGACUCCAGCACCUCAAUCCGAGGCUCACCCGUCUUCGACCCAUACACCGGCUUCGGCGGGGACGGUGUGCCAGGUACAUACACUCUCCCGCCCUGCAUCCCACCCGACCAGCUCGUCUUCCCCGACAAAUGGCGGGGCUGCAUCGCCGACGGGCCUUUCGCCAACUACACUGUACGCCUCGGGCCAGGUAAGCUGCACACGACGCACUGCGUCGUACGCCAGAUUGACGACGCGUACGCGGUGUACCUUGACUCCCCCGCGAUCGGGAGGCUUAUGGCGAGCCCUACGUUUGAGGUGUUCAGGUAUGAGCUUGAGGGUAUGCCAGAGACGACGGACCACAGGGUGCAUGAUGGCGGGCACCUUUCUGUCGGCGGGGAGAUGAGCAACCAGUAUUCCAGUGGGUCAGACCCGUUGUUCUACCUCCACCAUGCAAAUUUAGACCGUAUUUGGUGGAAUUGGCAACAACAUGACCCCUCGAAUCGUCUCUAUCAAAUCGGAGGACACACCUCGUUCGGUGCACCCCCGUUCACCAACGUCUCCCUCGACUUUCCACUCGAGAUGAGCAGUUCAAUCGGCCCAACCAUUUCCAUAUGGCAGACAAUGAACAUACACAGCGAGCACAAUUGUUACACCUACGUUUGA